UUCAAUGAAGAAGACAAGACGAGAAGUUCCUUCCACCACAGCACAGCUCUUCCUCUCCCAAUUCUCUCCUUACCGGUCCAAGCAAAUCCUAUUUGUUCAUUCAUUUAUAUUCGUUUAAUUCAUGUUUUUCAUUUCCGUGUUCUUGCUAUAAUCUACAUGUGAUGAUUCGUCAGUAUUGUGCUCGUUUAUGAUGCACAUCUGGUUUUGGAUGAAUGGAUCUUUUUCUCUUCCAACCUUCUCUCUAGCAAGUUCGUGUAGAGUUGGGUGUUUUCGUAUCAGCUGAUCCAGUAAGGAAAUUUCUGGGUUUUGCAGUGAAUUCUUUUCAAGCAAGCAAUAGUUUCAGAUUUUCAAAGUGGGAGUAAGCUUCAUGGGUGAUGGUCCUCGUGGAAUAGAAGUUUUUCCAGAUCAUUUUGAAGCUUCAACAUCUAGUAUGGAUUAUAUUCAAACUAAUACUUCCUCUAUUUCGCAUCAGACUACAGAUGACCCUUUGAGGUCCAAUAGUAGUACGUGGGCUCGAAGAAAAUUAAGAAGUGCUGUAGCCAUGCUAAAUUUGUUUGGUCUGAGGGGACUUCCAUGGGGAUCUGGCAAUGAUCAGGAAAAGGUUGUGUUAAGUGCUGCGGAAGUUGAAUCCCUUAGAGCAGGCCUUGCUGAAUUAGAAGAAAGAGAUGCUUACUUGAAAGCACAGUUGGAACAUGUUGAUGAAAUUUUGAGAUCUGCUCGUCUUUCAGGCUAUCUGUACAUUCGGACUAGAUGGGCAGCAUUACCUGGAGAACCUCCUCCGCUUGAUGAUACUGAAGUCGAUGAUUGGCUUCCGCGCUUUCUUGUUCUCCAUGGAUCAUGCAUCUUCUUCUAUCUGUUGUCAACAGAUUUAAGUCCUCAGGACUCCACCUUAUUAUCUGAUGUCACCGAAAUAGGUCCUUUGCCAUGCUUUACACGAGAAGAUGGGGAAACUCGUUAUUGCUUUUACAUUUUAACUCAUCACGGGCUGCGGUUCGAGUGUUCAAGUGCUUCCAAAGUACAGGUGGACUCUUGGUUGAGGGCAUUGCAGACUGACUCUGAGAUGAGUUCUCAAAUCUGCAGAUCUGCUUCUCGAGCUGCGAGGUCUCUGCUCUCUGCUUCGCGCCGGAGCUCUCAUUCUUUUGCCGAGGGUAGAGCUGCAGGAGUCUUACUCAGACGCCAGGUGUCCUCGUUAGCUUCAUACGGAAGGCAUGACUCUGGAAAUGCAAACAGGGGAUGGAUUUCUGGGGCCUUUGCCCUUCCUGCUGCAGCCUACAUGCUUCAGGAGCAAGAGGCACAUGCUGCAGAGAUGGAGCGCACUUUCAUUGCUAUCAAGCCUGAUGGGGUGCAGAGAGGGCUGAUUUCAGAAAUCAUAUCCCGUUUUGAGAGAAAAGGUUUCAAGCUUGUGGCGAUCAAAAUAGUGGUUCCUUCUAAGGAAUUCGCCCAGAAGCACUAUCAUGAUCUCAAGGAAAGGCCUUUCUUCAACGGUCUGUGUGACUUCCUUAGCUCUGGCCCUGUUGUAGCAAUGGUCUGGGAAGGCGAAGGAGUGGUAAGAUAUGGGAGAAAGCUCAUUGGAGCCACAGACCCUCAAAAAUCAGAACCCGGAACCAUCAGAGGCGACCUGGCUGUCGUCGUCGGAAGAAAUAUCAUCCAUGGAAGCGAUGGCCCUGAGACAGCCAAGGAUGAAAUUAACUUGUGGUUCAAACCAGAAGAGUUGGUUAACUACACAGGCAAUGCAGAGAAAUGGAUUUAUGGAUCCAACUGAUAAGUUUUUUGGUAUUUUCUUCUCGGCUACGCAGGUCCCACGCGAAGAGGGAGGGCACAAUUUAUCAGAAUAAGGUCAUUUUUCUUGAGGUGACUUGUAACAUUGCGUCGCUUCAUGCUGGUAGCAAAAUAAUAAAUCACUAUGAUUAUUAUCCAUCUUCUUAUUUAUUACGAUUUAACCUAAUGCUGUAAAGUUUUACAGCUUCCCCAAAUAUAUCAAUGGGCAUACGGUACUUUGGGCUGUUUUGGUA